AUUCAAACCAAAAAUGGUAAGCUUGAAGAAGAUCCAAGUAGGGUAGCCAUCUAUUAUGACAAGCUUGGCAAUUUUAUAAACCAUACCUAAUUCAUAAGAAUAAAAAUAAAAUCAACUACUAAUUUAAUACUAUCCUAAAAACAUGGAAGAAUUAGUUAUUAAUAUUUUACUAGCAUUCAGAAUAAUUUAUGUAUAAAUGAUUGCAUUAUUGGAAACUUUCAUAAUGAUAAUCAAAAGUAUUUAUGGAUGUAACAAAAAUAAUUUAUUUUAGAUCUUUUUGGAAUACACAAAAAAAAUGGAUUUUAUUUCUUUUUUGAACUCAUAAAAAAUUUAUCCCUUAUUAUCUUAUGCUUUAAUAUAAGACUUCUAUAAUUUGCUACUAAGUUUUUUCAAUAGCCCCUUUAAAAUCCAGUUAAAAACAAAUGA